GUAUGUACUUAUAUACAUAUAUAUACAUGCAUAUAUAUGCAUACACACACACACACACAUGUAUAUAAUAUAUAUGUAUGUGUAUAUAAGUGUGUAAAGACAGAUAGAUACAGACAUAUUUGCUGCGGGAAAUAACAAUAGACGCGCAUCUCUAUAUUUCCAGGUUUUAAAGAUAGAAAAGGGGAGAGAGGGAGAAAUAAGAUUAAGUCCUCAAUGGCAGAAGCCAAGUAAGGUGUUUAACCCAGAUUCCUUGAGGAAGGGCUACGCCAUUCUGAUCCCAAAGACCAAACAUUCUGAACUUCUCAAAAAUAACUUAUUCGAUAGAAAAAAACGGCCCAUGAAUCCGAAGUUACGGGAAACACCAUGAAACUGCGCCGGCACAGAACAAGGAAGUCGAAUGGCUUGAUGCAGUUUAUUUCAGAACUAGUUUGCUUAUUAGAAAACAGAUCAACAAAUUGGUACAUCCAACAAAAAGGAAUAAAAAAGUGGACAAAGAACAAAGGCCACAUUUAAAAAAAAAGAAAAAAAAAAAAAAAAAGAAAAGAAAAGAAAAGAAACAUUAAAGCCAGAGGCCCAAAGCCGAAAACCAGCCGACUAGAAGGAAAAUCUGUUCAUAUCGAUAUCCUAAAAUCCUGAGAUGCGGAAAAGUCAUACCCAAAAAUCCAUAGGCGGCCCAAAUUGGGUACCCUAAAAAUUGUGUGUGUGGCUCACAGUUCCGCGAGGGUCAAAGGCCAAUGGAGCCGGACAACAUCAUUGACCAGAAUGUACACUUUGUACAGACCUUUGAACCUGAUUGAGCCUUGUCAAAAUAAUUGUGAAGAAUGCAGGUUGCCGAUCGUAGCGUCCGCUUUGCAGUGGAGACCAUCAGAAUGGAUGGCGUGGAAGGUGGAGGGUCAGGUGGAGGGUCAAACACGGGCGAUCCUCUGGCUACCGUGAGUGGCGAGGGCGGGGGCGGAGGGAGUGGAGGAGCCAUGCCUGCCGUGUCCACGGUCUAUGUCACCAUCCCCCAGACCGCCACCGUCGUCUCGGCCGGCAAUAAGGGCAUACAGAGUGUGAUCCAGCAACCUUCACAGCCAAGUGUAAUUCAAAGCACAGCGCUUCAGACAACAGCACUGCAGACCGUCCAGCUUUCUAAGGGUAACGUCAUACUCUUGAAGCAGCCAUCGAACUCUGUAAUCCAGUCGCCUGGUGGUGGCAACCUUCAGACUGUCCAGGUAUUGGAAGCAGGGGAAGAACAAGAAUCUACUCGUAAACGACAAAUUCUGGCCAGACGCCCUUCUUACCGCAAGAUUCUCAAUGAAUUAGGAGGAGAGAUAUCAGACAAGGGUGAAGCAGGUAGCUCAGAUUCCUCCCAAGACGAACCUCCAGGCACCGUGACCAUCGGUGGGCAGCAAUAUCAGACAGCAGGUUUGUUGAAAGUUAUUCCAGCCAGCAGUCUCCAGCUGAGUGGUCAAGGCACAGAAGGUCUUCAGACUAUCGCCAUGACAAAUGCAGCCACAGCAGGAGGGGCUGUAGUCCAUUAUGCCCCUGGCUCUGACCCUCAGUUCAUUGUCCCAGUUGCAACAGGUGAUCUGAGCAGCCUUAAAAUAGCCACAAGUACAAGUGCUGGGCUUGCACAGGGUGUGGUUCUGGCAACCACUGGUUCAGCAGUUCAUGGUUCUGGUGACCAGAUAGCAGAGGAAGCUUCUCGGAAACGGGAAAUAAGGCUUAUGAAAAACAGGGAAGCUGCAAGAGAAUGUAGAGCGAAAAAGAAAGAAUAUAUCAAAUGUCUGGAGAACAGAGUGGCCGUACUAGAGAACCAGAACAAAGCUCUGAUUGAAGAAUUGAAGACAUUGAAAGCCCUCUACUGUCAGAACAGUUGAUAGCAGAAUAUAUCAGAACUUUCCUUCCUUGCCUGGGUGAUGGCAUGGGUUUAAUCUCUGCAGUGAUAUGACCCGGGGCAGUGACAUAGUGUUAAGGAGGCUCAUCCACCUGAUCAGUGAAAAAUUGAGCUAUUACUCCAUCACUUAUUGGGAUCCUUGAGCAGGGGUCAUGGCUGCCCUAAUUUGUUAAUGGUUCACUUAGUUCUAAAUGUUUAUUGAAUUAUUAUUUUAUGAUUAUUAUUACUGUUGAUAUUAUCAUCAUUAUUAUUAUAUUUUUUCUUUCUUUUUCCAAAGCCAUUCAUUUAUUGGUGGUUAACAAAGCUGUUGGCUGUGUUGUUAAUGUGAGCAAGUAGUUUAAAGUUGAGUGCUAUAUUGCAAAGACCUUAAAACCACUAACAAUUGAUUGGGCUGCCAGAAGGUGCAGAUAUAGGCAUCAUUUACAUCUCAUGUUUCAACAGGUAUUACCCCAUACACAUAGACAGUGUUUAAGGAUGCACCACCACUAAUAUAUUUUGUUCCAGGGGAGCUGCAAAUGAGUACUGGCAAAAGAAAGAUUUAUUAAAUGUUUAGAGAAUAGGGUAGCUGUGUUGGAGAACCAGAGUUAAGCACUUAUAAAAAAGCUAAAAUCCUUAAGAGAUUUGUCCUGUCAAAAGACAGAAUAGUGUGUCAAAUAUACGAAUCACUGCUUGUGAUAAUGUGACCUGAAAUUGUCAUUAACAAACUAUGUUAAGGUCAACCUUCUGAGAAGCAAUGACCAAUUGAGAGAAGUGUCCUUGUUGUAGUGAGCUAGCCUGUAACCAUUGAGAAAAUGUUUCUCUCAUUGUUUUGGCAACCAUGGAACAGCACAGCAACAAUCCGGUGAUAAUACAGUACAUGGUUCCCAUAUUUUUUCACGUGUAGUGUUUAUACUAUCAUGGUUGUCAUAUGUAGGAUUUUCCAUACAGUUUUUUGUCAAAGGCCAGCUACAUAAUAUUUAUGAAUGAUUUUAUGACCUUGACAAUUGAUUGUAUGUGCAGGUCCUUGAGGUAGAAACCAGCUGUCCAAUGAGAUUGCCAAAUUAAUUGGAAAUGUAAUAGAUGAAAGAAAUCAAGUUCAAUAUUCUAACCAAAAAAUGGAAUUUACCAAGCAUUGGUAUUAUUUUUAUUAUUUCUGUCUCUCCUCAUUAUGGAAAAUGUUGUUUGACCAUUAGAAAUUUGUGUUAGAAUAUCAAUUCCAUGCAGGAUUUCUUAUUUGCAUGACUUUUUUAAAUAAAAUUUUCUUUUUGGCUUAUUUUAUUGCAAUUAUAUUGUAAGUGUGGAUCAAGCAUGCUUGGUAUAUGUUAAUAUUAUGUUGCUAGUCAUGUCCAGCGAUUAUGAAUCGCAAAUGUUCAUACAGUGUUGCACUUAACUCCAGGGAAUGUGUGAUUCUGUGAGUAGGCCAUCAUAUAGUACGAAUUUUUCAGUCUCAUGCUUUGGAAAAUGUCAUAGUUUCAAAUGCUUUGAGAGAUAAAGACGUUGUAAUAGUGUUACUGCAUAUGCCAACAAAUACUUUAAUUAUAAAUAUAUAUCAUUUGGAGUGUUUAUGGACCUGAAAUUUAAACAGUGUUCCAAUGUUCAGAAGGCCAGAUACAUCAGAGGAGGAUUAUUUGUUGUUACUGCAGUUUAUGAAAGGUACUGUAAUGACAAUGUUUCUGUAAUGUUUAAUCUGUAUGAUUGCUGUCUUUAAAUGUUAUUAAGGGUGUAUUACAUUUUAUGGCAAAUGAAGAAAUAGUUGUUGUGAUCCUCUUUAUUGGACAGCAUGUGAAAACUGAAACUUGCACUAUAGUUAUAAUACAAUGGACAGUGGAAACAGUGGGUGGAGAUGCCAGCUAAAAAUUAUUUGUAUUCCCCCCCCUCUACUUUUUUCCUUUUUUAAUUGUCUAAAAGAUCAGGUAUUUAAUAUCAUUUUCAGCCAGCAUUCCAUGUUUAAGAAACCUGAAGGCUUAAGCAUUUUGCCCAUAUUAUUUAGUCCCCUAAAGAUUUUUGUUAUUCAGUAGAAAGUGUUUUGACUCCGUGCUUGUGUUUCUACCAAUGCUUUGUAAACAUUACAUGAAACGCAGCAAUUGUGUUCAGACUUCUUGUAUGGGAGACUCUUCACAGUCAGUUGUCUCUGCUUGUACAACACCAGUGAAACAGGUCUCACUGGAAAAUGAGAAAUCUUACAGCCAUUUAUGAGUUUAUUAACAUCAAACUUUGGCUGAAAUUUUUAAAAUCAUGCCCUUUGUCAGCAGUUUGUAAAGUUAGCAUCUGCACCCAAUUUUGCUGUUGCCACAUUUUUUCUUUCAUUAUUAUUCCAUCUUAUCCAGUCAUUUUCUGAUCAGAAUUUACAAAUGAUGUGAACAAAUUCUUAAUAUUAUUAUAUUUUAAUUACAUACUUAGACAAAGCUUAAAGGAUUUUUAUAAUCAGUACAAGGGCAGUAUGUAUGUAUGUAUGUAUGUUUUUUUUUUUUUUUUUUUUUUUUUUUUUUUUUUUUUUUUUUUUGGUAAAUUUUGGUUUUGCGGAAAAUGAAGAGGUUGAAGAUGGAUAUAAUAUAUAUGAACAUAUAAAACAUUUUUAUGUAAAUAAUUAUGUUUGGACAUAUGAUUGUGCUCCAAGCAAAAAUGCCUAUGAGAAUGAGAUAUAAGUAUUUUUGAAGAUUAAACUGUUGUUGAAUA